CUCUCACUUCCACUGUCACCAUGGAUCUUAGAGUGCCGGUGCUGCUUCUCUUUCUGUGUGCUCUGGCCAUCAAGACCACUGAAGGUGGCAUUCCUAAGUGCUGCGUGAAGACAUCUAUGGACAUUCCCACCAAUCUGCUGAGGAAGGUAGAGAGAGCAGAGAUGCAGUUGAGCAAUGGUGUCUGUGAGAUCAACGCACUGAUACUGCAUGUGAAGGGGAAGAAGCUCUGUGCCCACCCCAAGUUAAAGAGGAAGCUGAAGAGGCUCCAGAGGAUAGGGCAGAAAAGGCAGAAGAAGCCUUAGUGCUCUGUGGAGGGAACUCGUUAAUGUGCGGCAGCUUGACUCUAAUGUAUUUUUAUACUUUUUCCUUGUUUAUUAUGAAGUGUU